CUAUAUUUAACAAAAUCAUUUGGAAAUUAAAAUACAAACAAUGCCCAUAUGUGUCUCUAUUUUACGGCGCAUUAGGGGGGACUAUUUUUUUUCCCAACAAUUAAAUUGUUUGUCCCUUUAUUUUGUUUAGCUCUAGAACAACUUGUCACUAAAUCUGUCCACCUUGACGCAGCACCACCCAACAUAAGGGCGUUUGUCUGCAGACACGCUAUAAGCUGCCUUUCUCAUUUGCAGGCAUUUACUGAAGAAUUAUAAGACAAGGGCACAAAAACAAUAAUUAUAAUGAUGACAAUAAUAUUAAUAAUAAUGGAAAAAACAACAACAAAAUACCUUCAGUUUUCCAAUCUAGCAGUCUGUUUUUUGGACCAAACAAAUCCCAUAGCCCCCACAUUGGAUGAGAUGCUGUGUGAUUGCUCAGGAAUCCCUCACAAUUGUCUCCUUUUCACCAAAACGCAGUGGACAUGUCUUGUUGAUUGAUUGAUUGUAAUGAAACUACUCAUGAAGCAAAAUCAAUGUAGCUGUCUAAAAACAAUUGUUUCCAUUAACCAUCCAAAUCAUUCAAAGCUGCGGACUCCUAAUUUAAAGGGUUGUUAGUAUUGCUGGAACCACUGAGAAUCAACAUGCAGCACAAUGAGGCAGUCUGUGUCUUGAAGCUUUCUUGUUUGAACAAGACACUUGAAUUGUAUAUUUUAGAGAAGAAGAGCUUGCAAGGAAGACUUCCACACACUGUCUAACUUGCAAAAAGUACUGCAAAAAGUGCACUUGGUAUUACCCUAUCUUGUAAGUCAUGUACACAGACAAAACCUAUAAUCCAACAAUAAUCCAAACUUGGCUUUAUUUCUCAACUCCACACAGCUGGCCAAUCACAGCAUCAAGUUGGUGUCGAAUUUCCAAUUACAGAAACAUACAGAAAUUGUCAAUGGCAGCUAACGUUUCCCAUUCACAUUUUUUCCAUCUAUGGUGUUGAAUAGAAAAUGCCUUCUCCCAUUACUUUUCAGAUGAUUUGAUGUCACAUUUUCCGCCCAGCGCCGCUUGCCAGCUUUCUCCAUUUUGCGUUGACAAAGAGAAAAACAAUCACCUAGAGUGGGCAGCAGGGGCACUGGAUUGGAUGGACUUCAGGAAUGCAGCCUACUGGAGUGCUAUGUAGGCUACUCUAAUAUAUGGCCGGCUUUGCUUUCUUCCCAUGUUCUAACAGUAGUCCGAAUCUUUUAUAAAAAGUGACAGCUCUGUUGUGUGCCAGCCAAAACCUUGGCACAUUUUCCUUGUCCCUGCAGCUGCUUGUGGCUUUUCAUUCCCUGAAGGGUACUCCUUUAUUUUAACAUCAAGCCGGGUAAUAUCAUUGUUGAUAAGUGAGAGAACCAGCCUUUUAAAGUAAAAUGAAUUCAUUCUGCUUAGCCUCUGAAGUCUACAGUGGGAUGAGCAUACAACCUGUUUCGACCAGGUGAACGGUACAGCACCUGUUCAAGUGUUUGGAGUUUUGUGAUGUUAUAGUGCUCCAGUGUUUGAAUAGUGUCAUGUCUGAUGUUUUCUUUGUCCCCAAAGUUUGGCAACAUUUCUUAAGUUUAGCUCUGAGGGCUCUGGAGGUUACCUUAGGCCUCCCUCUUUCCAAGGCUGAAGACACAGAAGCCUCAUAUAUCAUUGUAUUAUUGUACCUCGUAGACAGCCUGUUUGCUGGAGAGAGUGAAUAUCAACUGCUAGGUAAUCUAAUAUACCUAGAUUUGAUUGUCCAGCUUCACACAGACAGCUACAGGCCAAACCAUAUACAGUCUAUUGUCCAAACCUGUGGGAAUACUUAAUUCUGGCUGAUGUGGUUUUAUAUAUUGUCUUUCCAGAUAUGAUCUGUUUUAGAGAUGAUGGGCCAUGCCGCAGACCCCCUCAAUGCUGGACGAUGUAUAAAAAACUUCAUGGAGAAGCAGCACUCUGAGAGUGCAAACUGGACCCCGAAGUUAUCGUUGCUCCAUCUUAGAAAAAGUAGAAUAAAUUAGUAUAGUAGUAAUAUGUGCUACAUGGAGCUGUGCAGCUGCAUCAAUGACCUCAAAAAGCCAGUAGUUUUUGACGGUAUUGUGUAACGAUGGAAUUAAUAUCAAUUGUUUGCACAAACAAAAUCUUACAGAGCUUUAGAGAUUGGUUGAUCUUUUUUCCUAUCUUUGGACUGAGCCAGGCUAGGUGUUUAACCCUGCUUCCAGUCUUUAUGCUAAGCUGUGUUUCCCUGGCUGCAGCUUCAUAUUUAACAGACAAAUAUGAGAGUGGUAUUGAUCAAUCUAUCUAACCCUCAACAAGAAUGUAAAUAUGGGUAUUUCCCAAAAUGUCAAACUAUUUCUUUAAAUGUCUUUUACUGAACAUAGAGUCAAUUUUAAACAGCACUUGGCUUAUGUGUGAAUAAGUAUCUAGCAAGCUCUCCGCCUCUCUCUGUCUCUGUCCUGAUGGUUAAUCAAGGUGUUUGCUAUUGCCAACUCAACUAGUGACUGUAGCAGAAGAAUGAGUCUGUGUUUGCUUUGUUCAGUUUUCUUCCCUCCCCUUCAACCUGUGCCAAGAAGGCAGCAGUAAGUAGUACUAUAUGAAAGAGCCUCUGUACCUGAUUUGCUCAGUUCAGUUUGUGUCCGAGUCAUCUGUAUUUGAGCACUCAGCAGAGUGUGUGCUACAUUUUCGGGUAUUUGUGGCCUCUUUUUCUUCAAGGUGGUCCAACCUAACAUCUGAAGUAACACCAUGAACUGGGCCUUCCUUGAGGGCCUCCUCAGCGGGGUGAACAAAUACUCCACAGCGUUCGGUCGCAUCUGGCUCGCCAUCGUUUUCAUCUUCCGGCUCUUGGUCUUCCUGGUGGCUUGCGAGAAGGUCUGGGGUGACGAGCAAAAGGACUUUGAUUGCAACACCCGGCAGCCUGGUUGUCACAAUGUCUGCUACGACCACUACUUCCCCAUCUCCUACACCCGACUCUGGGCUCUGCAGCUGAUCUUUGUCACCUGCCCGUCCCUUCUUGUGACGCUCCACGUGUCCUACCGAAAAGAACGUGAGCGCAAACAUCAACUGAAGCACGGGGGAAACUGUACCCCUCUGUACGAUGACACAGGGAAGAAGCGAGGGGGUCUUUGGUGGACCUACUUUUUUAGCCUGCUGUUUAAGAUAACGGUGGAUGCUGUGUUUGUCUUCCUGCUGUUCUACAUCUACGAGGCCACUUUCUUCCCACCGUUGGUGAAAUGCAACGAAGAGCCAUGUCCCAAUGUGGUGGACUGCUACAUUGCCAGGCCCACAGAGAAGAAAAUAUUCACCAUCUUCAUGGUGGUAACCAGCUUUGUGUGCAUCUUCCUCUCUCUUUGCGAGAUCUGCUACCUGUGUGGGAAGAGGUUCUGGGAGUGCUGCAGAGGAAGACCUCGAUAUGCUAGAGAAAGCUCCUUCAUGAUGACCAGAACUCCUCUGACUGGGAAGCAGAACUCGGUGUACAAAGAGCCUGUCCUGGAGAAGGCCAGCGUGGUUGACAAUGGAGAAGUCGGCAAAGAGAGUUCAGCCCCAGCGUACAGCAUAGCAGUCUCCUGAGAGACACGCAUCAUGUUAAUGAGUUUGAGACUAGAACUAGAAAGUAUAAACUAUGUUAGGUGGCUUUUGUACUGUUGAACGAUGAGUGGUUUUUAAGAAAAUGUUGUUUACAGACAUCAUGUCUUCUUUAAAAAUAUCAAAAUGAUGUAACGUUUUUGUCCCUUAAUAUUGUUAAGCUGACCAUCUGUGUAUUCUUUUUAGAGGCUUGUGAUCUAAAAUAACCGAUAUACACUAAAGUUGAUUUACUGCAUUUUGACUAUUUAUAUGAUUAUUUGUUACAUGAGAUUAUUUUGUUAUCUAUAUGGCCACAAAAUAAAAUUGCUUUACUGA